GGGCAGUGGGCGGAGGCUGCCAACGGUUUUGAGUGUGGAGGACGGCGGGAGAGGAGGGGGCUUUGGUCUUUUGGGGCCGGGGCUCAGUGGUGGGGGAAAUCCCUGUUUCCACCUUGGCAAGUUGAGGCCUGAGGACCGGAGGUGUGGGGAGGAAUCGGAACGGGGUGGUUGGAGGCGAGGGUCUCAGGCUAGGCUUGGGGGCGGCGUGCUUGUGAGAGCCGUCUGAGAUCGUGACUGAGGGUUCCCGGGGUUUCUUUUGGGGCGGCAGAGGGGGUAUUCUGGGGGGCCCUGCUAUGGCUCUCUUGCCAGGAGGGGUCAGAGGGGCUCUGCAAGGGAGUUGACCCUGGGUAGAGCGGUGAAGUGGGCGGGGUGAGGUUCCUGCGUCUCUUGAAAAUGGAGCCAGUGAGGCGCCCAUGAGGCAGCCGGACAGAAGCUGGAGCCCUUGCUGGGCCUGGGUGUGAGAGCUGACCAUGGGUAGCCGGUGCCGGUGCCGGAGCUGAUGUGCAGCUUCCGGCCCUCCUAGCUGGCACCCGGGCCUGCGGAGGUGCUGUGGCCCGCAGCUGCCCCUCCGCCCACCCCUCUGCGCUGUGCCCUCCUCUCCCACCCUUCCUGAGAGCUGGGGAAAGGGAGGUCUUUGCCCUCUCCAUGGCCUGUGGAAAACUUUUCUGUAACCAGAAAGUCUCCAUACCCUUAUUCACCGAGGACCCUGGGCUUGGGGUCUUCCUCCUUUUUCCUAAAUCUUCCUUGUCUGUGAACUGUGCCCCCUGGACGCUGCUAAAGUGGAACCAGGAGUUCCCAGCUUUGUGCUGCCCCGGGGUGUCCAUCCCCCGUGCUCAUGGCAGCCUCAGCAACCAGCCCCAGUUCACCCCUCCGGCCGGAGGAUCUCCUGAGUGAGUCUUCAGAGCCCCCUGGCCUGAACCAGGCGUCCUCGGAGGUGACCUCCCAGCUCUAUGCGUCUUUGCACCUCAGCCGUCAGGCCGAGGCCACAGCCCGCGCCCAGCUGUAUUUACCCUCCACCUCCUUGCCUCCCGGUGAGGCUGUAGACGGCUUGGCCCAAGAGUUGAGCCGCAGCUUGUCGGUCGGAUUGGAGAACAACCUGAAGAAAAAGGAUGGUUCUAAGCAUAUCUUUGAGAUGGAAAGUGUUCGGGGUCAGCUUCAGACCAUGCUGCAGGCCUCUCGGGAGUCGGCCUACAGGGAUUCCCUUGCUGCAGGUGCUGGCUCAGAGAGACGGGAGGAGGACUCCUUUGACAGCGACAGCACGGCUGCCUUGCUCACCACCCGGCCCCUGCCAGACUUGUCUUCACCUAGCUCGGCGCAAGCCCUGGAGGAGCUGUUCCCCCGCUAUACCAGCCUUCGGGCAGGGCCCCCGCUCAAUCCCCCGGAUUUCCAGGGCCUGAAAGACGCACUGGAUUCAGAGCACACCCGCCGCAAGCAUUGUGAGCGCCAUAUUCAGAGCCUGCAGACCCGGGUGCUAGAGCUUCAGCAGCAGUUGGCCGUGGCUGUGGCUGCCGACCGCAAGAAAGAUGUCAUGAUUGAGCAACUGGACAAGACUCUGGCCCGCGUGGUGGAAGGCUGGAACCGGCAUGAGGCUGAGAGGGCGGAGGUGCUUCGAGGACUUCAAGAGGAGCGCCGGGUGGCAGAGCUCACCAGGAGUAAGCAGCAGGAGACAGUGACCCGCCUGGAACAGAGCCUCUCUGAGGCCAUGGAGGCCCUGACGCGGGAGCAGGAAGCCGCCAGACUGCGGCAACAGGAAAGAGAGACGCUGGAAGAGGAAAGGCAAGCACUAACCCUGACCUUGGAGGUGGAGCAGCAGCGGAGCCGUGCCCUGCAGCAGGAGCGGGAUGAGGCUCGGGCUGGGCAGCUCAGUGAGCGUCGGAAGCUGGAGACCCUUCAGGUCGCCCUGGAGGAGGAGCGGCAGAGCUGGGCCCAGCAAGAGCGCCAGCUGAAGGAACGCUGCCAGGCACUGCAGGAGGAGGGCCAGGCUCAGCUGGAGAGGGAGAAGGGAAGCAGCCAGAGGGAGGCCCAGGCGGCGCGGGAGGCGCAGCAGCAGCUGGCGCUGGCGCAGUCCGAGGUGCGGCGGUUGGAAGGAGAGCUCGACACGGCUCGGAGAGAGAGAGACGCCCUGCAGCUGGAAAUGAGCCUGGUGCAGGCCCGGUAUGAAAGCCAGCGGAUCCAGAUGGAGUCGGAGCUGGCUGUGCAGCUGGAGCAGCGGGUGACAGAGCGGCUGGCGCAGGCUCAAGAAAGCAGCAUACGGCAGGCCGCCUCCCUGAGGGAGCAUCACAGGAAGCAGCUGCAGGACCUCAACGGACAGCACCAGCAGGAACUGGCCACUCAGCUGGCUCAGUUCAAGGUGGAAAUGGCAGAGCGCGAGGAAAGACAGCAGCAGGUGGCGCAGGACUACGAGCUCAGACUGGCCCGGGAGCAGGCGCGAGUGCGGGAGCUGCAGAGUGGGAAUCGGCAGCUGGAGGAGCAGCGGGUGGAGCUGGUGGAGCGACUCCAGGCCAUGCUGCAGGCCCACUGGGACGAGGCCAGCCAGCUGCUCGGGGCCUCCCUCCCGCCUGCCGACCUGCUGGUUCCUCCCGCCUGCCCCGCCAGCCCUGGGCCUCAGGAACCAGAGAAGGGGGACAGGAGGUUCUGGCCCGUGCCCCCCGUGGCCGUGGCCCUGAAGCCAGUGUUGCAGCAGAGCCGCGAAGCGAGGGAGGAGCCUCCGGGGGCGCCGCCUCUUCUCUGCAGCCCCUCUUCAGAUCUCAGCCUCCUGCUGGGGCCCCCCUCGCACAGCCAGCAUUCCUUCCAGCCCCUGGAGCCCAAGCCAGAUCUCACUCCGCCCACAGCCGGGGCCUUCUCGGCCCUCGAGGCCUUCCCUGGCGACCACGGGGCGGAGCGGCCGUUCCCUGAGGAGGAUCCUGGGUCUGACGGCGAUGGCUUCCUGAAGCAAGGGCUGCCGCCGCCGGCUUCCCAGCUGGAGGGCCUCAAGAACUUCCUGCAGCAGCUGCUGGAGACAGCUCCCCAGAGCCACGAAAACCCCCCCACUGACCUGCUGCCCUCGAAGUCUGGUGCGCGGACUGUCCCGGCAUGGGAGGAUGCCCCUCAAGUGCCACGCCUUCCACCCCCUGUCCAUAAAACUAAAGUCCCCUUGACCAUGGCGUCCAGUCUUUUCCGAGCCCAUGAACCUCCGUCCUCCCAGUCACAAGGCAGUGGUCCUAGCAGUGGCUCCCCAGAGAGAGGUGGAGAUGGACUCGCAUCCCCGAAGCAGCUGAUGGAGGUGUCCCAGCUGUUGCGACUGUACCAGGCUCGGGGCUGGGGGGCUCUGCCUGCCGAGGACCUGCUGCUCUACUUGAAGAGGCUGGAACACGGCGGGACCGAUGGCCGAGGGGAUCCUGUCCCCAGACGGAACACAGACUCCCGCUUGGGUGAGAUGCCCCGGAAAGAGGCCCUCCCGCGCCGCCUCGCCACAGCCCCCAAGACUGAGAAGGCCCCCGCACGGAAGAAAAGUGCACACUCUGCUCCUGGCAGCGUGAGGGGCCGAGGGGGGGUGUGGAGAUAGGCCCUGCCCCCAUCAUCUUCUCCCUCCUCUCGUUACUAUUCUAAUAAACGCGUAGUAGCCUGUA